AUGGCCAAAGAAGAACCGGACACACGAAGGAUGAUGAAGGAGAGGGAGCGGUUCGUGAAUGCAACCGCACUUGGCACACCACUGGGUACCAAACGACGCUUUGGGCUCGGCCUCAGAAUGCUCAGACCGCUUCCAUCCCAGGGAAGGAAGACCAGAAUGGGGGAUGAGAAUGACCUGGAAACAACAGGUACAGCGGCGGAAAAACCGGGGAACGACACCAGCACUGACGGCACUGGAGGCUCGAGGCCAGCAAGGAAGGCCCUUGCACAAUUCGGUUCAAUCAUGUUGGAACUCCGAAUCUGCCGUGUUUUGGGUGGUCAAGAAACUUUCAAGACUGAUGCGAGAACAAGGUACGGUACACUCGCUUGGUCUGGUGUUGUUGGUCCUGACCUGAGAGAGGACAUCAAGCACAUGCUCACCCAAGAAAACAUCCGCUACGGCUGGUGA